UUAAGUGAUUCGUAAACAACCAACAAAGAAGACAACCCGUUGUCUCAAUCGAAAAUAGAAACAGUUGUAACUCUUUAAAGACAAUGCUUGAAUUCUAUCCAAUGCCCACAAAUUUAAGUCGUGGCGCUGGCUUUUAUCCUCACCAUCAGAAUCAUGGAGGCACGCGUACAUUUAAUAAUGCUCCCAAUUCGGUCGGGACAGCAAUUAACGCACCUGGAUUAAAUAGUAGCAAUUGUGGACAGCAGCAACUCCAGUUCCAGCAUCAGCAUCAACAUCAACAAAAACAAUUGACUGCCUCUCCGACGCAUGCAACAUGCGCUCCAAUUAAUAGAAGCAACAGCAGCACACCCACAACCGCAGCUACUUCCACGACAACGUCUACAUCCACAACGGUAUCCGUAUCGGCGUUGGCAUCGGCAUCGGCAUCCGCGUCACCGACCGAAUCUGUAACGGUUUUCACCGUAGCCACAAGCGAAAAACCAACGGUGGUAGCCCCUGAAGUCAAUUCCAGUGCAACACUUGCAACAUCCGUACCCGCGUGUCCCUCCACACUCUCCUCCGCACAUAUUUUAAUGAUACCCACAUCCAUAUCUACAUCGUGUUCGUCAUCACCUUCGUCGUCGUCAUCCUUAAUGACUGUGUCAGCGUCAGUUUUAGCCCCAACACCGGCAUCGUUAACACCGACGGCAAUGACGACGGCGACUGAGCUGUCUUCUGGAUGUAACGGUCGAACAGAUGUUGGUCAGGUGAAGUGUGAGAAAAAUUACGAAAUUUGUGAAGGUUGCGGACGAAAGAUCCACGACCGAUAUCUCAUGAAUGUCGGCGAAUCGAAUUGGCACGAACACUGUCUGUCGUGUUGUUAUUGUGGCAUUCAGUUAUUCAAUACCUGCUACGUACGCAAUUCAAAGCUUUACUGCAAACUCGAUUACGAUCGAUUAUUCAGCAUCAAAUGCACAGGUUGCUGUCACCCAAUUCUGCCUCACGAAAUGGUCAUGCGACCGAUCCCAUCAUUUAUUUUCCACCUGCCUUGUUUCAUCUGUUACAUCUGCCGACUGCCUCUGCAGAAAGGUGAACAGUUUCUGCUCCGUGACGGUCAACUAUUCUGUUGUCGACAUGAUCUCGAAAAGGAAAUAUACUUGGCGACAGCUCAGCAUUGCGGUUAUGUGGGCUUGGACGACGAUGAUUUAAUGCGACCCCGUGACGGACGUCGCGGUCCGAAACGUCCCCGCACAAUAUUGACGUCACAGCAGCGAAAGCAAUUCAAGGCUUCGUUUGACCAAUCGCCAAAGCCUUGCCGGAAGGUGAGAGAAGCUUUGGCGAAGGACACGGGCCUAUCCGUACGUGUGGUGCAAGUAUGGUUUCAAAAUCAGCGCGCCAAGAUGAAGAAGAUCCAGCGAAAAGCGAAAAAUGGUGGCACAAGCGGUGGCGGCAGUACAGUGAACUCUCGCAGCGGCGAUGAAAAGGAUGCAAAUAAGGAUGAAAAAGAUAUAAAACAGGAAUGCGGCAUAUCGGGAGUGGAAAGCGCUUACUUGAGUCUAGGCGACAGUGGUUUCGGAAGCCAGCCACUGAAUCCAAAUAUACCUUUCUCCCCUGAUGAUUACCCUCCCAAUUCAAAUGACAGUUUCUGCAGUUCAGAUCUGUCUUUAGAUGGUAGCAAUUUUGAUCAAUUAGACGAUGAUGCUGAUUCCUUGUCGUUGAAUAACUUGGAGCUGCAGUCCACAGGCUCUUCGGGUAAUCAACAUUCCAACCCACACGACAUCAUCGCCAAUCUCAGCACGAGCCUGGUCAAUCCGAUUGACAAACUGUACUUGAUGCAGAAUUCUUACUUUAACGUAGAGCAGUAAUUGUAAUGGAUUGGCCGAUCUAGAGCGCAGGAUACGAAUUUAUUAGCAUUAAGAUACAAUUGGGAAUGUUGAUGGGAGGAGAAAAUCUUUGUUUGACAAACUGACUUCGGGCUGCGUCCCAAGAAAGCAAGUGUGGACAGAGCCAGUUCCUCCCAAGAAUCAAGAGGCAAUUAAUUAUUUAUAUGCACAAUACUUACACACAUACAUAUAUAUAUUUAAGUUAAGAUCCAGCAAACCAAAAUAAUUAGGCAGAUUCUGGCA